CGCCAUCUUGCAACGAUAAUAACAAACAACGGGGCGAAAUAAAAUGUAUUUUUCUUUUGUGUCAUUUACUAGCUCUGACGGAAAAAGUUAAUAGUGUGAAAAAUAACAAUUGUAAAGUGAUAAAAAUUGCAAAUAUUGUAAAAGAAAAUAAAAAUAACAAGAUUUUCCGAAGAAUUCAAUAUAUCUUUGUGUACAGUAACAAUAUAAUAAAUUCUGCCUAAGAAAUAAUUAGCAAAAUCAAUAAAAAAGCCUCGUACUAACUAAUCGCGUAUUGUUGUUUUAUUUAACAAAAACAAAAAAAUGACUGUAAUCAAUAAUGAUCCCGAUUAUUUUCAAACCUAUUUGGAAAAAUUGGAAGAAGAUGAAGACGAUGAAUUAAACAAUGAAGUCAUUCAAUCGAUAAAGAAUGAUUUUGUUACAGAAGUGGAAGAGAAUGGUAGUGUUGAGGAUGAAAAGGAAGCAGAAGAUCGCGGUGCCAUAAUUAUGGAUGCAGAGGGUAAUUAUUAUUUUCAAACGUCAGAGAAAAUUGUAAAAGUAGAACCUAUAAACAAGGUUUCACAAGCUCCGGCAACUGUUGUUACUCCCAACAAUAAACGUAAAGCAAAAGCCCAAGCUGCCUCGGUUUCCACAAAAAAGACCAAAUUAGCUGCUAAUAAUAGUAAAGCUAUGAAAAAGGAAAAUAAUGAUGUCAAAACUGCGGAUGAAACCGUAAACUCGGAAUUUAUUUCGCAAGAAGAAGUCUACGAAUUCGAUGAAAAUGAACAAGAUCCUGAUGACCCCGGCGUUGAACCUGAUGCCGAUUACGGCUCAAAAGGGUUAUUGAAAAGUACCAAAAAGUCUACAGCAAAUGAAGAAGCAACAUUUACUUGUAUGUUGUGUCCCUAUCAGACAGCCAAAAAAUUCUUAUUGUCCAGACAUUUAAAAAAGCACUCGGACGAACGUCCCUAUAAAUGUACCGUUUGCGAAAGAGGUUUUAAAACGAACUCCUCCCUCAUGAAUCAUCGUAAUACACAUUUGGGCGUUAAGCCUCAUGCUUGUAAGGAUUGUGAUAUGGCCUUUACUACAUCGGGAGAGUUGGUGCGUCAUGUACGCUAUAGGCAUACACACAUUAAACCUCAUAAGUGUACUGAAUGCGAUUACAGCAGUGUAGAAAUGAGUAAAUUACGGCGACAUAUGCGCUGUCACACCGGUGAAAGGCCCUAUCAAUGUCCCCACUGUACAUAUGCCUCCCCGGAUACGUUCAAACUUAAGCGUCAUAUGCGUAUACAUACGGGUGAGAAACCGUAUGAAUGUGAUAUAUGUCAUGCACGUUUUACCCAAUCGAAUUCGCUAAAACUUCAUCGUCUUAUACAUUCUGUUAAUGAGAAGCCUGUCUUUCAAUGUCACCUAUGUCCUACAACGUGUGGACGUAAAACAGACUUACGUCUACAUAUAAAAAAGCUACACAGUUCUGAUCAACCAAUACCAUGUAAGCGGUGUGGUAAAGAAUUACCCGAUCGUUAUUCGUAUAAGAUGCAUCUGAAGACACAUGAAGGUGAAAAGUGUUUCCGCUGUGAUUAUUGUCCUUAUGCUUCCAUAUCGGAGCGUCACCUUGAAUCGCAUCUUCAUAUACAUUUGGAUAAGAAACCAUUUAUAUGUGAGAUUUGUAAUACUAGUUUUCGUCAGAAACCACUACUUGUUCGUCACAUGAAAAUUUAUCAUUCGGAUAAUUAUGAACCACCACAAACACGUAAGAAAGAUCAUAAGUGUCCACAUUGUAAUAAAAUGUUUGCAUUCAAUGGAAAUCUUAUGCGUCAUAUGGAAAUCCACGAUCCCUCAUCGGAUCUAAUGAAAAAGAAAGAAGCAUUGAAAGUGGGACGAAUGACACGUGUUAGAAUGGAUGGUACUGUUGUAGCAUUAUCCACAACCAGUAAUAGCCUUUUGGAAAAUAAUGAUGAGUACGGGUAUAAUGAUAACAAUACUGGGGAGGAGCAACAGCAAAUCGAUGAUGAUGAAGUAAUACCCGAAGAAGGGUAUGAAGAAGAAGAGGAGGAAGAAGUAGGGGAUGAAGAUUGCAAUGAGGAAAACAUACAAUAUGUCUAUGAAGAAUUAGAAGCUGAUGAGUAUGUAGAACAAGAAUACGAAGAACAACUGGAGGCAGCAACUGAUGAAAAAUUUGGAAUAGAUUUAAAAAUGGAAACUGUUGCUUCUCCACAGCCGGCACUUAAACAAUCUAUAAUCCUUAAGGGAGAUGAUAAUGAAGCCAAAAUAGUGGCUUUAGAAGUUAAUGAUGAUCAAGAUUUUAUGGUUAUAGAAGUUUUGCCAGAUGAUGAUGAUGAUGAUGAAGAGUUACAAGAAGUAAUAGCACAAGUACAGGCACAACCAGUUAAAUCUACGACAGUAAACAAAAAGACUAACAAAACUACCGCUAUAAAAACUCAGAAAAAAACACAGUCACUCAUAUCAGAUUAUUUUGGAUUUGAAGUUGAUCAAGAUGACGAUGACGAAGAAACCAAAGAAGACAUUAAAUUAUUAGAAUUGAUUGAACAAGAGUAAUGUGCUUGAUUUAUUUAUAAAUUUUUUUUUAAAUAACUUUUCUUAUAAACUCAGGUUUUAUUUGUUUUAUAGUAUCGAUAGGGUAUUUAACAAUACCUAUAAUAUUUAUGUUUUGGUUUAAACAAAUUUUAUUUAUUAUUUUAUAAUCACUGCAUUAUAUACAUAACUGCAUUACAUUAAUUAGAUUUUUAUUUCUAUAAGCUAAAAUAAAUAACGUUUUUUAAUAAAUAUAAAUGUUUAAAUACCAGCAGCAUUGACAUUA